AUGUCUCACUCUGCUGUUUCUCAGGCUGCUGCUGCUAUCUCAGUUUCAAAUGGAAACAAACGUUCUCUUAGAAGAUCCGUCUUCAAGAACAAUAGCAUAAGCUUCAACAGUAAGCCAUGGUCAUCUUUUUCCUUAGCAUUGAACCAGAUAACAACAAGCAUAACCGAUGCAAACCGGUACACAAACUCAACAAUAUGCAUGUCGGUCCAACAAACGAGUAGCUCCAAGGUCUCUGUCUCUCCUAUAGAUUUGGAAGACGCUAAAGAUCCUCCAUUGCACUUGUACAAACCCAAGGAAGCUUACACAGCUAAGAUCGUCUCCGUGGAGCGAGUCGUCGGCGCAAACGCCCCAGGAGAGACUUGCCACAUCGUCAUCGAUCAUGACGGUAACCUUCCUUACUGGGAAGGACAGAGCUACGGCGUGAUCCCUCCAGGUGACAAUCCGAAGAAACCAGGAGCGCCACACAAUGUGCGUCUUUACUCGAUUGCAUCAACGAGGUAUGGAGAUUUCUUUGAUGGUAAGACAGCGAGCUUGUGUGUGCGAAGAGCUGUUUACUACGAUCCGGAGACUGGUAAAGAAGAUCCUUCAAAGAACGGUGUCUGCAGCAACUUCCUAUGCGAUUCAAAGCCCGGAGACAAGAUUCAAAUAUCUGGUCCAUCGGGGAAAGUAAUGUUAUUACCAGAGGACGAUCCAAACGCGACGCACAUAAUGAUAGCCACAGGAACAGGAGUGGCUCCUUACAGAGGCUACCUUCGUCGAUUGUUCAUGGAAGACGUACCAAACUACAAAUUUGGCGGCUUAGCUUGGCUCUUCCUAGGUGUGGCUAAUACUGAUAGUCUUCUAUACGACGAUGAGUUUAGCAAGUACUUGAAGGACCAUCCGGAGAACUUUAGGUUCGACAAGGCGUUGAGCAGAGAGGAGAAGAACAAGACAGGUGGGAAGAUGUAUGUGCAGGACAAGAUUGAAGAGUAUAGUGAUGAGAUCUUCAAGCUUUUGGAUGAUGGAGCUCAUAUUUACUUCUGUGGGCUUAAAGGGAUGAUGCCUGGGAUUCAAGAUACGCUUAAGAGAGUUGCAGAGGAGAGAGGUGAGAGCUGGGACUUGAAGCUUUCUCAGCUCAAGAAGAACAAGCAGUGGCACGUUGAAGUCUAUUAG